CCUUUGAGCGUUGUUGCUGUCGGUGGGGACUCAAUCAGCAGGAUAGACACCGCUAUAAAAGAUCAUCCAGGCUCUCAGAUCAGCACAACGCAACCGCAACUAGCGAGUACUGGAUAUCCAGCAGCGCUAACUCAAAACUAUCAACAUGAACCCCCUGAUCGUCUUCUCUUUCCUCUUCGCCGUGGCUCAGGCCGGUAACCUAGGACUGCCGUUGGCUUACGGCGGCUACUACGGCGUCGCGGCGCCGCUGGCAGCUGACGGACGCGUCGUCGACACCCCCGAGGUGGCGCACGCCAAGGCCGUGCACUUUGCUGAGUACGCUAAGGCCGCCGCCGCCGCUGCCGCCCCUGGCCAUGCCUACGGACCUGCCCCCGCCGCCUACUCCGGAUACGGAUACGGACAUGCCGCCGCCCCUCUGGCCGCUGAUGGUCGCGUUGUCGACACCCCCGAAGUCGCCCAUGCCAAGGCUGCGCACUUCGCCGAAUACGCCAGGGCCGCUUCCGCCGCCGCCGCCCCCGCCCCCGCUGCUUACACCGGAUACGGAUACGCCGCCGCCGCACCCCUCGGACACGAUGGACGCGUCGUAGAGACCCCUGAGGUCGCUCAGGCCAAGGCUGCCCACCUCGCCGAACACGCUAAGGCUGCCGCCGCCGCCGCUGGCCACUAUGGCUACGCUGCCGCCCCUGCUGCCUAUGGACACGGAUACGGAUACGCCGCCCCCCUCGGACACGACGGACGCGUCGUAGAGACCCCUGAGGUCGCUCAGGCCAAGGCUGCCCACCUUGCCGCUCACGCUGCCGCCGCCGCUCAAGCUCACGCUUGGUAAAAUUUCAACCCCGUCACACCGAGGGAGUAACCUUAGGCAGACUGAUCCGAUUUCUUAUCUGUAUAUACGGUUCCUUUUUUAAAUACACACCUGAAACCAUUUGAAAAUUAAA